CGCAUCAUUUUUCCGAGAUGGCUCAGUAUAACUACAUAAUUAUCUCCGUUUUCCUCGCAACUUUCACCGCACUCACCCAUUGCGACAGUUUGGCAGAUAAGUUCUGUAAACACAUCACCUGUACCAAACUCGACAAGGAAUGCACCAAACCGUUGAAACCGAACGCGUACUGCGUGUGUGAGUCCAUCAAGGGAGGGUUCACUAAAUCUUACACAACAUGCCCCGGACCAACCGUUUUCAACGGAGCGAACGCCAGAUGCGAGCCGAAAAGUGCGGAAGCCACACUUUACUGCAAGAAUCAGCAGAAGAACCAGAAGCCUGCGCCGAAGAAGAGUCAGAAGAAAAAGACUUAGAAUGAGUAACAGAAAAAUGUAAUAAAACUGGUAAUUCUUGUU